UUGAUAUCUGCUUCCGGCAGUCCUCGCGUCAACUCUGCUGCGUCUACCAAGAUGCCGGUCCAGUAGCUAGCCAGCUUCCUUGUUUCGCCUCCAUCCCACCGUGAGAUGGCCGCACCCCCAGUCAACCGCUACGUGGCCGGUCGGCCCGUCGUCCUUGGUUUAGCCAAGAUUCUCCUCCUGGCUAUCAGCCGCCUCCCCGUCAUAUCAGCGGCCCCGACGAGCCUGCAUCCUUUUGGCGAAAAUGAGCUGGAGCCGCGGCCGUCGUCGGAUCCCAGCUUGUGGCUGUACCUAAGCAUCGCUGCGGCUCUCGUGCUGAGCGGCGGUGCUUUCGCCGGAUUGACAAUUGCUUUGAUGGGCCAGGUGUGUUCACGGUUUGCUUUCAGUGACGUCGCGUUCGUAAGAAUUUUAAAGCUCGGACCGGACUGACGUGGCCUGCAUACGCUCGAUAUAGGAUGAGGUUUAUCUGCAGGUUAUCAAGACAUCCGGCGAAGGGGUGGAAAGGAAGAAUGCAGCUAGCGUGCUGCAUCUUCUGAGCAAAGGCAAACACUGGGUUUUGGUCACCCUUCUUCUGAGCAACGUCAUAACCAAUGAAACCCUGCCCAUCGUUCUCGAUCGCUCUCUCGGAGGUGGCUGGCCUGCCGUGUUGGGCAGUACCGUUCUGAUCGGCGUGUUCAAGUGAUUUUCGGCGAGAUCGUUCCGCAGUCGAUAUGCGUCCGCUACGGCCUCCCCAUCGGUGCUUGGAUGGCUCCCUCCGUCCUCGCCUUGAUGUAUAUCAUGUCGCCUGUCGCCUGGCCCGUCGCCAAAUUGCUGGAUAAGCUUCUGGGUGAGGAUCAUGGUACAAUCUACAAAAAGGCCGGACUGAAGACGCUGGUGACGCUGCACAAGACCUUGGGUGAAGCUGGAGAACAGCUCAACUCGGACGAGGUCACCAUUAUCAGUGCCGUCUUGGAUCUGAAGGAGAAGUCCGUUGGCAGCAUCAUGACUCCCAUGGACGAUGUCUUCACCAUGUCUGCGGAUACCGUCCUUGAUGAACCGACUAUGGAUUUGAUCCUCUCGGCAGGGUACUCUCGUAUUCCCAUCCAUGCACCCGAUAACCCCAGAAACUUCCUCGGCAUGUUACUUGUCAAGAUGUUGAUCACGUACGACCCGGAAGAUUGCAGAAGAGUGCGGGAGUUUGCUCUGGCCACGCUUCCGGAGACCCGCCCGGAGACAAGUUGCCUGGACAUCGUCAACUUCUUCCAAGAAGGAAAGGCUCAUAUGGUUCUGGUCUCGGACUAUCCGGGAGAGGACCGCGGAGCCUUGGGCGUUGUUACUCUGGAAGACGUGAUUGAGGAACUUAUUGGAGAGGAAAUCAUUGACGAGUCUGAUGUAUUCAUUGACGUUCAUAAAGCCAUUCGGAGAAUGACUCCGGCCCCGAAAGCUCGUGUCCCGAAGGGUCGGGUUGUGGAAGAACCACCAGCCGUACAUUUCGAAGGCGAGCAUCCUGAACCGCAGAGCGAAGCCACAGAGCGAACUUCCGGCGAACUGCGCAGGAGCUCGAUAGAGACCCCCCUUCCUCGAUUUCAAAUGAGAAUACCAAACUACCAGAAAGAUCCCGACUCACCGGAUCGAUGGGUAACGCAUAUUGGAGCUACUGAUGAGAUCCGUGAACAUCUCAAACAUCUGGGCCCCUCCAAUCUGGCAAGCCGACCACGCCAGACUCGGUACCAGAAUGUUAAGAUCAAGCGAGGCCGUGACUCUCCCACCCCAUCCGGGCCUAGCGAUACGAGUGCCUCGGUAACGGCGCCUCUAUUGCAGUCUGCCGACGUUGAUGGCAUUGCCAGUACCGACUACGGCGCCGUGUCAGCUAGCAAAGCAACCACUGCGAGUUCCCCCAAACCCAAGCAUAUUCCCCAAAUAGCGAUACCAGAGGCUGUCGAUGAAGAAGAUGACAGCUACCAGCAACCCCAGCCCUCGCAUGGACGUACAGCCUCCCGGUUCAUUGAAUCGAGCUGUGCUAAACCCACAUCACGCCCCCUUUAUAUCCACGAUGGUCCGGCGCGGAGUGGUAGCAUUACCGAACACGUUGUCGACAUUAACGGAGUCCGGAAAAUGGUUCUUCACACAACUAGCACGAGUUCCUCUGAAACCGACAGGCCCUCUUCCAGACCUUCCACGGACCAUAGCCAUGGACACAAGGAUGGAUCCAUUGCCGGUUCUGAAGCUGACACCCCCAAAGAUCCCAAUUCCAUUCUGCGUCUUCAAAAGAAGAGGCGCAAGCGGAGAAAGCGCACUGCCAAUUCCACAUCGAAUUCAGGCAAGGAUGAAGAGCGGCCGCUUUUAGAACAUUAAAGGGCCAUUUUCUCCUUUAUACCUAGCCUGUGAGGUAGCAUUGCACUAUGGCGUCUUUUUUUCUCCUCCUUUUUGUUUCAUGGUGAAGCAAUUGGUUGUAUACUUUAUUCUGCCGGCCAGAAACUGUCAAAACUUCUUUUCCCUUCCCUUUUGGGUUGUUCUCUUUUGCGAAGCGAUCGGGAAACUGUACGUACGAAUAUCAUAGCCACCUAGCCACCACUGGCUUUGCUGUAACCGCUCUAUCAUUUCCAAGAAGUGAAAAUAAAAAAAUUGUGUCUCAU